AUGGGCCUCACGUUCCCGGACCGCAAGGUCGACGAGAAGCUGCGCAUCGGCGUCAUCUACACCCGCUGGAACGCGGAGUUUGUCGGCCCUAUGUUCAAAGACGUCAAGGAUACGCUUUCCGACAACGGGCUCAAGGAGGACGACAUCGUGCUCAUGCAGGUGCCCGGUGCGUACGAGCUGCCUAUUGCCGCGCGCCUGAUGUGCGCGUCGCAGAAGGUCGACGCCGUCGUGUGCUUGGGCGUGCUCAUCAAGGGCGAGACGGACCACUACGAGUACAUCGCCAGCGCUGUGACCAACGGGCUCAUGGACUUGCAGCUCACGCUGUCCACGCCGAUCGUGUUUGGAGUCCUCACGUGCAGGGAUGAAGAGCAGGCGAAGGCGAGGAGCUUGGGGGAUAAGAGCCACGCGGGCGAUUGGGCCCUCACCGCAAUUGAGAUGGCGCAACUUAGGAAGUCGCAGAUGGGCGGGGUGAGCGCUGGGAAAAAAUCGGUAGGCUUCUUUUAGAGAUUACCUAACUGUUCGCAUGUGUUUUGUAAAGACGAGAGAACGCCCGGUGUACUCGCGCCCAACGUGAAUCAA